UCUCCAGAAAAAGAAGACAGUCCCAGCAAAGCAAGAACGGGCUGUAGAAGAGGACAAUCAAAACAGAGACAUAAAUUCACCAGGGAAGAGCUGAAGAGACUUAAACAAGAAUUUGAGUUAGCUCCUUACCCAAAUUUCUCGACCAAGGAUGAGCUGGCACAGCACUUCCGAUGUGACGUGGAAGUGAUUGUUAACUGGUUUCAGAAUAAAAGAGCCAGAUCACCACCAGAAUUGAAAGACAAAUUUGUUGACAUGAGAAGAAUGAUCAAGUGCCCAGGCUACGUGCUUACAAGUCACCAGGAUACCCAGACUGGGGAAACUUCGGGUGAACAGUAUGGCUUAUGUGACUCUGUGGUCCAAAGCAUUGGAACAAGAUCAAGUGGCUCUGUGGAGUAUCAAGGGGCCACUGGAAGUGGAUCUUCUUUCAACUUCAGACCAACGGACUUCACUCUUCCUCCUGGGUCUGAGAAGUAUUAUAUUGGUGACCAGCCUAAGACACAGGAAAGCCAAUAUUCCACAUUCUCUCUUGCUGACUAUGCUACUUGUUUGCAGGGGCAAAGGCAGAUGGAUUGUAGCUAUAACCCCCCAAUGCUGUCCUGGGAAGGACAGCAGCAGAAUGACUGGGGAUAUCAACAACAACUGCAGCAGCCUCAGAGCUACCAAGAGAGGAGCUCCUUGGCAGACAGGCUUGGUGUGUACCAGAGCCAUAGAGAUUUAGGGCAGCAGCCAAGAGACCAAACACUCUACAGCAUGGAUCAUCAAAGCAGCAGCCGAGAGACUGAGCACUCUGUACCGGAUCAUCAAGGAGACAGCCGAGAGACCGAAGCCUCCAACUUUGUGGUCAAACACUCUCUGGACCUGAGCUGCUGGAAACUGCAGUCAUAA